CAGUUCAGUGGAUUUUAACCUUCGGUUUUCAGCUCGGCUGUGUUUCCACCAGGCUCCCUGCAGAAGGACCGUUCAUCUCCCAGUGCUGUGUGUGGUUUUUUUUGUAUGUGUGUGAGGGUAUGUGUGUUUGAGCCCACAGGCCUGGAAAUAUGAGGCGUCUGCUGCUGCUGCUUCUGGGGCUCCUGCUCCUCCAUCGGGGCCGCUGCUUUGAGUUUGUGAUAGAUGGAGAAUGGGAGGAAGAGACAUCAGAUCUACAAGAUCAUCGGGAGAGAUACAAGAGAGCGAUAUUGACCAGCGAGGAGCAGGAAGACUUUGAAGCCAUCCGUGGAGAUGACAUCACCGUCAAGAGCUACAAGGUGGAGAGUCGCAUCACGUCCCGCUUCGCCCACACCACCGUCAGGAGCUCUGUGAUCAACUCCGGCUCCAAAGCUCAGAGCAUUGGCUUCAACGUCCAGAUCCCCAAACGAGCUUUCAUCACCAACUUCACCAUGAAUGUGAAUGGGAUAACAUUUGUGGGCUCGGUGAGGGAAAAGACAGUCGCCAGGAACCUGUACGCUCAGGCCAGAGCCAGAGGCAAGGCAGCCGGCAUUGUCAGAGCUAAUUCCCAGGACAUGGAGACCUUUAAGACAGAGGUCCACGUUCCUCCUGGCAGUAACAUUGAGUUUGAACUCCACUACCAGGAGAUGAUGCAGAGGAGGCUGGGUUUUUAUGAGCACUCGCUGUACCUGCAGCCUGGGAGGCUGGUGCCUCAGUUCCAGGUGGAUGUGUACAUCUUUGAGCCAAAGGGAAUUUCCACGGUACAAACGCUAAACACCCUCGGGCCACAGUUUGCAGAGCUCAUCAAAGUUACAUCAACCAAAGACAAGGCUCAUAUCGUCUUCAAGCCCAACAUACAGCAGCAGAGAAAGUGUGACAACUGCACCGGCAGUGCUGUGGACGGCAUCUUUACUGUCAAAUAUGAUGUGAACAGGGACAGCAACGCUGGGGAACUGCAGGUCUCAGACGGCCAUUUUGUCCAAUUCUUUGCUCCGUCAAACUUCUCCCCGCUUCCUAAAAACAUUGUGUUCGUCAUUGAUGUCAGUGGGUCCAUGUGGGGGGUCAAGAUGAAACAGACAGUGGAGGCCAUGAAGGCCAUUUUGGACGACUUGACUAUAGAUGAUCACUUCAGCAUCGUUGACUUCAACCAUAAUGUGCGUUGCUGGAACGAGGAGCUGGUCCCUGGCUCAUCUAUUCAGAUCGCCGAUGCCAAGAAUUACAUCCAGAGCAUCAAACCCAAUGGAGGCACCAACAUCAACGAGGCGCUGAUGAGAGCAGUUCAGAUGUUGGUGAGGGCGUCCAAUCAGGGGAUCAUUGACCCUCGCUCCGUCUCCAUGAUCAUUCUGGUGUCUGAUGGAGAUCCAACCGUGGGAGAGAUCAAGCUCAGCACCAUCCAGAAGAAUGUGAAGCGAGUGAUGAGAGAGGAGUUUUCUCUCUUCUCACUGGGCAUCGGCUUCGACGUGGACUACGACUUCCUGGAACGUAUUGCCAUGGAGAACAGGGGCAUGGCUCAGAGGAUCUAUGCUAACCACGAUGCUGCAGAGCAGCUACGGGCGUUUUACAGUCAGGUCUCCUCUCCGCUGCUGAGGAGGAUCACCAUUCAGUUCCCAGAGGACUCCGUGUCAGACAUCACCCAGAACCGCUUCGAUAAGUACUUCAGUGGCUCAGAGCUGGUGGUGGCAGGGAAGGUGCUGCCAUCUGAGAGCAACACACUGACCAGCUUCACCACCGCAUCUGCUGCUGGUCUGGACAUCACCCUGGAGACAGAGGCUGACACCACAGAGCUGGACUUGGAGUUGGCCAAGCAGCAGCACUCGUUCACAGGCUUCGCCAGACAGAUGUGGGCCUACAUCACCAUCAAACAGCUGAUCUCUGAAAGGUCUCUGGCUCCGACAGCUGUCAAGAAGAGGAAGAUCACCCAGAGGAUCAUGGCGCUGGCCGUGGAGCAUCAGUUCGUCACUCCGCUCACUGCUCUGCUGGUGGAGAGCGAGGACGCCAAGGAGAGGCUGCUGGCCGACUCUCCAAAGGACCCCAAACAUGGCUGCUGCUCAGGAGGAGGAGUAGUAGGGGGAUCAGCAUCCAAUGGGCUGGCACCGGUGCGAGUGGUCUACCAGCCUCCGCCCUGGGUCCAGGUGACCACUCCGGCCCCCCCGAGUCAGGCUGAGAAGGGUCCAGAGGAGUGGACUCUGCCUCAGCAGGUCAACUUAGUGGACAACGACCCUCACUUCAUCAUCCACCUGCCCAGAAGCAACAUGGACGUCUGCUUCAACAUCGACUCCAAACCUGGUCAUAUUCUCAACCUGGUGUCUGACAGUGGAGCAGGUGUGGUGGUGAACGGUCAGCUGAUCAGCUCAAAGCAGGUGCUAAAAAGAAACCUCAGCACCUACUUCGGCAACAUCUCAGUCUACUACCAGCCUGAUGGAGUCGGUGUGACCGUCAGCACCGACAGCAUCGCCAUGACUGACGGCAGGAACAACCACACCUUCACCUGGGGGGCGACAGCUGAAAUCACACAGGAUGGGCUGAGGAUGUCCAUAGUGAAGAACUCGCAUGUUACAGUCACAGUAAAUAAUAAUAUCCAGGUGAUGGUGCUGCUUCAUCGUGUGUGGAAGAAACAUCCUGUUAACGUCGACUUCCUCGGUAUCUACAUUCCCAACGACAACCAGUACUCCCCUCUGGUGCACGGCCUCAUAGGGCAGUUUUCCAGAGAGCCUGAGGUGAGAGUGUACGACAUCCACGAAGGAGUCGACCCUCUGAAGAAGGAGGCCACCAUGGAGGUGAAGGGCAACAAGCUGCUCGUCACCAGAGGCUGGCAGAAGGACUACAGGCGUGACAAGAAGCGCGGCUCUAAUGUCUACUGCUGGUUCAUUCAUAACAGUGGGAAGGGCUUCAUCGAUGGACACUACACCGACUACAUCGUCCCAAGUCUCAGCAGUUUCCUCCAGACGCUCUGAACAGACAGAGACACAUUCAUGUUCCCUGUGUGUAACUUUUUUUUUUCCCACAGUCACAUUUGAAACUACGUUUAAUCAUUUUUUUCCGGAACAAUUUGUUCUGUAGACGUUUCUUCACCGAUUCGCUUCCAGAGAAAAGCAGACGUCACUUUUGUUGAAUUUAUUUGGACAAAAUUUACAACAGCAAUGUUAAGAUCAACAUGAAUAUUAAUACAAACCAAAAAAUUAACUGAA